UGUUUUUUUGUUUUUUUUAGUUGAAUUGCAAAAAAUGUCUCUCUAUCCUUCUCUGGAAGAUCUGAAAGUGGAUAAAGUAAUUCAGGCCCAGACUGCCUUUUCUUCAAACCCUGCCAAUCCAGCAAUUUUGUCUGAAGCCUCUGGUCCCAUCUCUCAAGAUGGAAGCCUCUAUCCUAGACUAUACCCAGAACUUUCUCAGUAUAUGGGCCUGAGUCUUAAUGAAGAGGAGAUACAGGGAAACUUACCAAUGGUUGCUGAUGCACAAUCUCAGGGGCAGUUGGUAACAAGGCCUUCCACUGUGAAUUACAUGGUGGCUCCAGUAACUGGAAAUGAUAUUGGAAUUCGCAGAGCAGAAAUUAAACAAGGCAUCCGUGAAGUAAUUAUGUGUAAGGAUCAGGAUGGAAAAAUUGGACUUCGCCUUAAAUCCAUAGACAAUGGAAUAUUUGUCCAGUUAGUACAAGCCAACUCUCCAGCAUCUUUAGUUGGUCUGAGGUUUGGGGACCAGGUUCUGCAAAUUAAUGGUGAAAACUGUGCAGGAUGGAGCUCUGAUAAAUCUCAUAAAGUUCUGAAGCAGGCUUCGGGCGAGAGAAUUUCGAUGAUCAUUCGUGACAGGCCUUUUGAACGAACUCUUACUAUGCAUAAGGACAGCACAGGUCAUGUUGGCUUCAUAUUCAAAAAUGGAAAAGUUACCUCAAUAGUAAAAGACAGUUCUGCUGCUAGAAAUGGACUUCUUACAGAGCAUUAUAUGUGUGAAAUUAAUGGCCAGAAUGUAAUUGGACUAAAGGACUCCCAAAUUGCAGACAUAUUGGCAACAGCUGGGAAUGUUGUGACAGUUACUAUCAUGCCUUCAAAUAUCUUUGAACACAUAAUUAAGAGGAUGGCUUCUGGCAUCAUGAAAAGUCUGAUGGACCAUGCAGUCCCUGAAGUCUAAAUUUAAAGCCAUUGUAUUGUAUGUACAUAUGUAAUGAGAAAACAGCUAAUCUUGGGCUAUUAUACUCAGUGACUUCUGGAUUCUGCACAUGAGCCUUUCUUGAGGCUAAGAGAGGAGAUGCUGCAUUGAACAUUUACAUGAUAUAUAAUGGCUGGGAAUGUUACAGUUCAAUAUGUUACCUUGUUUAGUCAUACAACUGUAAGACUUAUUUGUAGCCUAAUGCUGAUUUUACAAAUGUGAAAUUUUCAACAAAGUUCUGCUGAUCUCUUUCUGUAGGAUCAUGCUACUCUCGUUUACUAUUGUUUCUAUGAUAAGCCAUUACAACUAAAGGAAACUAAUACAUGUUUCUUCUGCAAGUAAUAGUAUCAGUUACCCAUGAUCUACACAUAUUGCUGCUCUUUCUAGGUUCUCUUUCAGAUAAAUAAGUAUUUUUAUUGCCUUCUUUGUAAGUAUAUAUCUAGAACAGUAUAUUUAGAAGUAUGACUUUUAGUGCUAAUGUACUUUCUGUUCAAGUAACCUUGUUGGCAAAAAAAAGCCAAUAGAAAACAGAAUUUAAAAUUGGCAUCAUGCCAUAAAGAGGCGCUUUAAAUGGUGAAGUAUACAGAAAAAUUGUUACGUUCAUCUUUUUUUACUACUCAUUUUACAAAUUGUAACUCUAAGAUGCUUAAAUUCUGUAGCCUUAAACAAGUUUAAAAAUAAAGUUCAGGAAUAAUCAAAUAAA